CAGAGCAUGUUCAACAGGGCAGAAAGCCCUCUUGGAAGGUACUGACUUGGAGGGAGAUACGGAUSCUCAUAGAUGACUGCCUCAGUUACCAGGGAGAAAGGGCUGAUAUACCUCAAUAUAUAACAGGAGGCAGAGCAGAUACUGAAAAGGAAAUGUUCAGCAGUUUGAUUUGGAUGUUUGUCUUGCUCUGCAGGARCUCUGCAGCAGAUGAAAGCUCUGUCAGAGAUGCUGAGAUUUUUCCUUCAUCUCCUGAAAUUCUAAGAGGAACCACCCUGAAACUGCUUUGUGUUCUUGGGAAUCACUAUGUGCCUCAGAGGAAUGCAAGCCACAUAAUCUGGAAAUUGAAUCAUGAACUGAUCGCUCAGGAGAACUAUAAUGUUGUCAAUGAGACUGUAUCUAGUGUAACUAUCCAUAACUUCACUUACAACAGAGCACGUGUAAAAUGUUUCAUUAAUUAUUUAGGCAAAGAACAACUUCUGGUUCACACUGAAGCUAAAUCUGGCUUUCCACCUGACACACCAGGAAAUAUUUCCUGCAUUUAUUACUUUGAUGUUAAACUUGCUUGUAACUGGACUUCGGGAAGACCAACGAAUCUUAAAACUAAAUAUACACUUUACAGGAAAAUGAUGAGCGGUGUGGCUAUUCUAAAUACAGGUGGCUUCAGCUGCCAAAGCAAAACCGAGUCUUGUGCUUUUUAUUACCCAGAUACUCCAUUUAGCAGUUCYUCCUGCUUUCAGGUGAAAGCUGAAAAUGCUUUGGGCGAAGCUGYAUCGGAAUGUGUUCCUAUACCUAUGGAAAAAAUAGAGAAAUUUGAGCCUCCUGAAAUACUUUCAGUACAGAAAAUUGCUGGUGUGAAGCAGUUGCUUGCUGUAACCUGGAAAACACCUGAGAAGAUUAUACCUUAUCAGGACUUAAAGUGCCGGGUUCGAUACAGAAACUUGUAUUCCAACUCUUCGGAAACUGUUGCUGUCAGCCUGACUUCUGGAGAGAAAAUAUCGUCGCUUAAUCUCACAGGUCUGUGGGAUUCCACAGAGUACGCGGUUGCCGUGCAGUGCAGCAGUGUGGAAUCCGAGUUCUGGAGCGAAUGGAGUGGAGAAAAAACAGCAAGCACGGAAGAGAAAGCUCCUGUAGAAAAACUGGAUUUGUGGAGGGUAAUUGAAUCUUCACAGUAUACCAGAAAUAGAAGUGUCUACCUCAUGUGGAAGCCAUUAAAUCACUUUCCACCACCUGGGAAGAUUCUAGGCUACACAGUACAGUAUUUUCCAGAAAACAAUGCUGCUCUUAAAAUGAUGAAAAUCACUACUGAUAAGAAAAUUAUUUUGUUUUUAAAUGAAGAGGCAUAUAUAAUAUCUGUUACUGCCUAUAACUCUGCUGGAAGUUCUCCUGCAGCGACGUUGAGAAUUCCAUCUACUGAUGAAAAAACUUCUCAGUUUGUUGAAAGUGUGAGGACCUUUACAGCAGAUGAAGAGGUGGUGGUGGAAUGGAUGCCUUCCAGAUCAGAAAUAAGCAGAUAUGUUGUUGAGUGGUAUGAAGACCUGCAGAUGCAUUCUUUGCAUAGAUCAUGGCAAUAUGUAUCAAAUGCUAUAAACUGGAGAACUAGCAAGAAAACCUUCAAACCAUUUGUGUGCUAUAACAUGUCAGUGUAUCCUCUCUAUGGAAAUAAUGUAGGAGCUCCAUACUCCAUUCAAACUUACAUUCAAGAAAAAAAACCCUCAGAAGGACCUAUGGCUGACACAGGCAUUCCAGGAAAAAAUGAAAUUACAAUUAAAUGGAAGGAAAUUCCAAAGGAUAAACAAAAUGGCUUUAUCACUAAUUAUACAAUAUUUUAUAAACCUGAAGGUGGUGAAGAAUUGAAUGAAACAGUGAACCCUGAUGUUCUGCAAUACAGACUGAAGUCCUUGCAAGCAAAUACGCAAUAUACAGUUCAUAUCAUGGCAAGCAAUGAAGCUGGUGGAACCAGUGGAGAACCAAAAACCUUCAAGACUUUGAAAUUCAAUGAAGAGGACAUUAUUUCCAUUGCUAUACCUGUUGGAUUGAGUAUGGUGUUUUUAUUAGUCCUUUGGAUAACGUGUAUUCUUAAAAAGCACAUGUUUAAGAAAGUUUGCUGGCCUGACAUACCUAAUCCUGCAGAGAGCAUUGCAGUAGAAUGGCCGGUUGAUGCGUUUAUGAAUUCAGCCUUGAAGGGAAUAACAUCUGAGGAUAAAACUAUGGAUGGCUUGGAAGAUAUAAGUGUUUUGGAGCCCUGUGUUCCUCAAGAACAUGAACACUCGCUACCAAUGAGUCAUGAAACACAUGUUUCAGAAUAUGCUGAUGUUAAUACAAAAGGCACAACUGACCUAGAUGAGAAGAUACCAUUAAAUGAAGAACAUGAAGCUGCCCAGCCUCUCUCACUCUCCAUGCCUUACACAAUUGCUGAUCAGGAUUUCAGAAGUCAAGUUCAACCUUUGAUGGCAGCUGAGGAAAUCCAGCCUGUAGAAUUGCCAGAGGAUGGUGUUCAUGAAUUCCAACCUACUUCACAUCAAAUUGAAGAAAGGAAGGAAGAAGUUUCAAAUCUCUUGGAUUUCAGUGAAAAAGUAGUGUUCAAUCCAUACCUUAAAAAUUCUGUUAAUACAAGGGAAUUUCUCAUUUCUGAGAGCUUGCCAGAACACAACAAGAAUGAACCAAAAAGCCAGUCAAUUGCCAUUUCUCCUUUGCAACCAAAUAUUGUCGGACAAACCUAUAUAACGGUGGACAUGUUUGGACUGGCCACAGCUCGUUAGCAGGAGGAACCAUUCUGUGCAGAGGCCCUUUGAGAGUUAUCCUGGCAGUGCUGCCUCUUACAUAUUCUUGUGUUCAAGCCCGGAUGAUCUCAGUAACUUUGAAUGGAAUUUGGGGAGUUCCCAAAGAACAGGACUUMUUUUGAAAGGCUGUGAAGUAAUUCAUACACUGCAUUUCUGCCUGUCCAGGUUCACUUCAACUGUUUCUUUUACAUGUUGGGAGUAUCAGAAGAGARUCACAGAAAUUAGACUUGUUUGUUUCUUAGCUCUCCCAAGUCAGUUUAUGCAAGCAAGCCGGCCCUACUUCGGGAGCACCUAGCAGACCAAGUAGCUCACAGAUUUUCUGGCAGGCAACCACGAGCUGAGUAGUUCUUGGGACACAAUGUACGUACUUGAACAGAGACAGGGUUUGCCAAGUCCUUCCUUGAAGCUGAAUGAAGGAAAAGUACUUUCCAAUUCUUCUUUCCCCCAAUUGUUUGAUUUGGGAUUUUAUUUGUGGAGUUCCUCCUAAUUGAAAAGUAAUUCAGUUCAGUCAUCUUGUGUCCUGAUUAACAGYUGCUGCAAGGUUUCCUAUUUUUGUUGAGAAGAUAUCAGUUAUAUAUGUUACUAUGUACAUUUUGAAAAAGGUAGGGUUCUGUUGGCUUUCUUGCUUCCUCAUCUCUUGUUUUUAAAUCAUCUUUAUUUUGUGAUCCUUUUCAUGUCUUUAUUUUCUGUGUAUACCUGUUCACUGGAAAAUAUCAGAUAUUAGUAUUUCAUUCACUGUAUUUUCUUCUAGCUUCCAACUCAUCUUCCAACUUAUCUCAAUUGAGACC